CCCAAAUUUCCUGACAACACCUCCGCUCCACGCCCCAUCGCGCCGACGUCCAUCAGACUCACGCCCGCCUUGUCCCAUACACCACGCGUGGGCUGACCCUUCUGCACACCCGCCCGCACACCGCCGCCGGCACCUCACAACAAACAUGUCUUCGAUACUCAAGGCGCGCAGGAAGAAGAAUGUCAAGAAGGGAAUCCAGUUCUGCCUGAUGGUCUGCGGUGCCUCAGGAACAGGCCGGACGACGUUCGUAAACACGCUCUGCGGCAAGCAGGUGCUCGAGCACAAGGACACCGAGGACGCGAACACGGCCCACGUCGAGGAGGGUGUCAAGAUCUCGCCCGUCACCGUCGAGCUCGAUGAGGAAGGCACCCGCAUUUCGCUUACCAUCGUCGACACGCCCGGCUUCGGCGACCAGAUCGACAAUGAGGCCAGUUUCUCAGAGAUCGUCGGAUACCUCGAGAGGCAGUACGACGAUAUUCUUGCCGAGGAGAGCCGUAUCAAGCGUAACCCCCGUUUCCGCGACAACCGUGUGCACGUGCUGUUGUACUUCAUCACCCCCACCGGCCACGGUCUCCGCGAACUCGAUAUCGAGCUUAUGAAGCGCCUCUCUCCCCGUGUCAACGUCAUCCCCGUCAUCGGCAAGGCCGACUCGCUGACCCCUGCCGAACUCGCCGAGUCGAAGAAGCUUGUCAUGGAGGACAUUGAGCACUACCGCAUCCCCGUGUACAACUUCCCGUACGACAUUGAAGAGGAUGACGAGGACACUGUUGAGGAGAACGCCGAGCUUCGUGGUCUGAUGCCCUUCGCCAUAGUCGGCUCAGAGGAUGUCAUUGAGGUCAACGGCCGCCGGGUGCGUGCCCGACAGUACCCAUGGGGUAUCGUCGAAGUCGACAACCCGCGUCACUCGGACUUCUUGGCAGUGCGAAGCGCCCUGCUUCACAGCCAUCUGGCGGAUCUCAAGGAGAUUACGCACGAUUUCCUGUACGAGAACUACCGUACGGAGAAGCUUAGCAAGAGCGUCGAGGGUGGUGAUGCUGCCAACUCGUCGAUGAACCCUGAAGAUCUUGCCAGUCAGUCCGUGCGCCUGAAGGAAGAGCAACUGCGUCGUGAGGAGGAGAAGCUCCGUGAGAUCGAAGUCAAGGUGCAGCGCGAGAUUAACGAGAAGCGACAGGAGCUGUUGGCCCGUGAGAGCCAGCUGAAAGAAAUCGAAGCCCGCAUGAACAGGGAGCAUAGCGGUCACCUAGAACGACAGCAGCAAGAGCAGCAGGAGGCCGACGAGGCGUAAAGAGAUGUCGAGCACGAUGGGGCAGCGCAGGGUCGUCAUAUGAAUCCACCUCCAGGGGCGUAUGAUGUGAUAUCGUUCGCGGUUAUAUAUCAGGAGCAAAAUCUGUGCUGCAACGGGCGUUGGUAAUGGUCGGCUUGCACUGCGGAUAUCGAAGGGCACGGGGAUGAUAGCCAUUGGGGAUAUUUAUUCUUCGCUCCCCGAGGGUCACUUUUGUUACCAGGUAAUCGUCACGACCUGACACCCUUCUCUUAUGUUUUCUUACUUCGAUAUCUAUUCCCCCUUUUGCAUUCCAUGUAGGAACUAGUAAUCCAUUUUGAUCGACUAAUAGAACCCCGGUGGUCCAUUGGUUUCUGCUUGUCUUGAAAUCGAUGUUAGAAGGGCAGCUGCACCAAAUGCACUAUGCUUGGAGAUGUUGCGUGGCGAUGCGACGUGAGCAAGUGUACACAGUCUC